CAAAGCUUCAACUAAUAUGUCAAAACGAACAGUGAAAAUGAUCAACAGUGCUCCUCUAAACGAAAAUGGUUUUGCGGAGUGUAAAGAUGUUGGGGUGAAACCAACGGGUUUGAUUCGUUCGAACGUAAACGAUAAGCUGGUUUUCGAAGCGGUACAAGGGCACGGUAGGCAGUGUGAGUUCCCGGUUACGGAGCGAGGCGAAUACCUCGUUUACGAGACAGAGGCAAUGAACUUGAAAAACAUAAUGGAAAUGGGAAUCUGUAGAGUUGGUGAAGUGGUGUAUCUUUCAAGAGAAUAUCGAUAUACGAGGUCAAAAAACGGAGCGUAUGUUGUAAUAGACUGGAAAAACGCCAUAACAGAAGGAAUGGUUUUCAAGGAGACUGAAUGUGGCGGUGUGAUAACGAGAGGCUUUGAAGGUGUGAUACCCCCAAAGUUUGUUGCUUGGACAUCAAUGGAUAAGGAACACCACAAAACGAGCAGCAUCAAUAGAAACUGGAGGAAUUUACGGUUACUGAUCGCUGGAGAUUCUAACAGCAAGCAUCUUCAACUGGGUAAACUGUCGCUGGAUAAGGUUUUCUUUCCGACCACCUCAUGGCUUCUGCUAACGAAGGACGUUGUUCUUAGAAUGAGAGAAUGCUCCGAUAUUAUAUUAAUGAUCGGUUUGAACGAUAUUAAACCCUCUACAACAACACUGCUAGACAUGAAGAAGGUAUUAAGAAGGUUACUCGAUUUUUUGUACGUUGUGAAAGACACUAGUGGUAACAGCCGACUAUAUGUGGUGGAAAUACCACCAAGUUUAAGCCCCGCGAUUUCCGCAAGGUCUAGGAUUUUCAAUUCUAUGCUACACGAUAAAGAGGGUCGCGAAGAAUUCCCCGCAGUGCUUAUUCGGACCCCAGAGCUAUGGAGUUCUGGUUCACUCAAAUCAGAAUACGGAUGUGACGAAAGGAUACCAUUGCACCUCAACGCACAAGGCAUCCAAGUUUUAGAGAAGAGUGUCGGCUAUGCCGUGAAACGACACUCUGGGGUUUCAAGAUGGAGAGGUGCCGCUAAAAGGACAUAUUAAUAUGAGGACACAUUAUAAUAACAAGAGUUUAUACUGAAAUCUAAGAGUGGAAAGUAAUUUUCUUUGUCGGUUUUAGACCAAAAAAAGGUGAUAUUUUAACCAAAACCCAAA